AUGUUGCUGUUACAGCUGCUGGUUAUUGGCUGCGCAGAGAUGGUGCUGGUGUUCGCCGAUGAAAUAAAAUACGACAUGCAGGUUAUCAACGUCGAAACCAUUGAAGGGUCGGAGAAGUAUUUCGAGUACAAUUACACUUUGGACAAGGUAUCUGAAUUGAACUUUAAAGUGUCCGGAAAUAUUCGGCAGCUAAUUCAAAUGGACAACAAAUAUGCACUUUCACUGAAAUUGAGCCGAGCUGAAUUGAACGACAACGCAGAUCCACCGGUCUACGAAGAGGUUGCCGCUUUAUCCAAACCACUGUGCGAAUUCCUCACGACCAUCUACCGAAUGUACUUCUACGAGAAACUUAAAGAGAUCAGUAACUUUCCGCACUACGAAACAUGCCCAUUGCCGGUGGCGGACUAUUGGUUCAAAGAUUAUGCUUUCGAAGGUGAAAACUAUCGGGCAUUCAUGCGCGAUGGUCGCUUCAAGCUCGAAUCCUAUCUGUGCGAGGAGGAUGCAGUCCUUGGUGGAAUCAUCACCAUCAUCACCGUGACACCCGUUGAAAACGCCAAAUAG